AUGCGUGCGCCCAAACGACAACGGCAGGGCUCGCAAAAUGAUGCCGACUCAGCAACAACAUACCCGAACCUGCUGGAAGCAAAGAGCGAUCACAGAAUCGAAAGAUCGUUUACGACUGGCCCACCGGAGCAGAAAAUUGAAUCACCGCUCCCUAUAACUACAAGCACUGGCACGUCAGGCUGGACACCAUUUCACGCGAGACAUACAUUUGACCGUUCAGAGCGACCAAUUCAGCACGCUGAGGCGUUCCUCAUCGUUGCGGACUUCAACAACCGCUUCGAACCCGAUGCUGAAGACAGGUCGACGACAGAAAUCCAGAAUGCUGGAACAACACCUCACAUCAAACAGGAAGUCAAGAAGGCCCUGCGGCUUGCAGGAAACAAGGCUCUUAUCCGCAACAUCAAUCUCGUCGUUUGCGAUGCCCGUAAUUGGAGAAUCUCAGGCCGGGACUUCGAAAAGGCUUCAGGCAAGAAGGAUUUCCGAGGCUCUUGUCCGCAACAUCAAUCUCCUCUUGUGAACAUGAGUCGCAGCAAGGGCGCCAACGACCGACCGGAGUUGUCUGAUACUACUGACGAUAUGAUGACGGCCGACACGAAGGCUGCCAUCGAAAAGGCCUCAGGCAAGAAGGAUUUCCAAGGCUUCUGGCUACGGGACCUUGAGCAGAUUGUCGAAACACGAAGGCUGCCAUCGAAAAGGCUUCAAGCAAGAAGGAUUUCCCAGGUUCCUCGCUACAGGAUCUUGAGCAGAUUGUCAAGAAACUUCCCUGCCAGCAGAAGUCGAAGGCCUGGCGAGCUCGGGACUUGGGAUUGGAUGAUUUGCCCUGCAUUGCAACUCUCCCGAAUGCUGGAAGGACGAGGGCGGAGUCAGCUCAAGCAAGUCGUGGACCACCACAGUCUCCAAAGAAACUUGAGAUCAACAGCAUUUGCCAAGCCCGCAGCUUCACAAACCAUCAUAAUUCCCCUCCUGAUGUGCGCACACCCACUCCUUUCAAACAUCGGCGAUGCACCGGUCUCGCGCGAUUUCCCUCUGGCCGAGGUCAUACAUUAUCAGUGGAUUCCGACGCCUAUCUCUCCCCAGAAGCAGUAUUCGGAAGUCUUGGCGGAGCAUUUCGCUGGAAAGGGAGAAGCUCAAGGAGAUGGCAUAGGAGAACGAGCAGCGCGAGCCAACUCCCGUCGUACCUAUAGCAUCAACAUCGAACUCAACAUUAACUACAUCCUACUCAACAACUUCAGCCAACAUCCCUCGCGCUACACGAAUCGUAGAGACAGAUACGAAAGGCACAGCGCUCGCCGAAGCGGAGAAAAGGAAAAGAAAGUGGCUGCGACGGAUCCACCGAGAAUUGGUGUUACUGAUGAGAUGUGGUUACUGAUAAGGUGUGGUGUGUUCAUUACUGAUGAGAUUGGGUUACUACUGAUGAGAUGUCGAAAGAUGGACUUCUGCAUAUACGGAUUGAGCUCACCUUCGCUGAUGGCACGCCGGAUCGGCAAUGCAGGUGGUCGUCUUGGUUAUGGCGUCUUGGGAUCUGGAGCAUUCAACAUGCAUAUCGGUGUCCGUAGGAAUGAUGAACCAAGCAAACCGCUGCUACCAAGAAGGUACCGGCACCCAAGAAGUGUCGUUCUCACGAAUAGAAGCGACCCUAAUUGUCUUACGCGCUUCAUCCAGCUGCAAUCAAACCCGCUCGUGCUCGAGCAUGGAACGAAUAUAGGCAGGCGCUCCAAGAUUACAGGCUCAUUUCUACAAAUGAUCCGCAACAUGUACCUCCUUUGCGCAUCUAGGAACUUGGCGAUUCGGAUGUCAAGCCUUGCGCUCACUCACCCUCACACCCACCUGGGCCUAACAUGUGUGAACGAAGCAUCUAUCGUUGACAUGGCCUCCACUAACACAUGCGAUGCGGGUAAGAAUGCCUUCGGCCACUUUCCAAUCUUCAAACUAGUAUCCAAACGACAUCUUGCGCUCGCUUCAACAUCUACAGCCACCAUACUACACUUACAUCGCUUAGACAUCGUAGAAUCCGACAGCGACGCUCUAAACGACAUCGAAACGAUGCACGUAGAAGCCAACACUGGCAAAGCAUCGGCAGCCAAGAAGACUGCAACCAAGACGAAGACCAACACGGGCAAGCCACAAAAGGGACCUGCUGCUACCUCAGCUGUUGAGGAGAAAGCGCCUGUCGUCCUUGGCAAGACCUUGCAAUUAAGGCACAACUGCACCAAAGAAGAAGGCCACCGCCAAGAAGGCGACUCCAAAGAAGAUCGCGACUCUGAAGAAGAGCGCGACUCCAAAGAAGGCAUAGCCUGCUUUCCUCUUCCAACGUGUACGCUGACGCCCGUAUUCACCCGACUUAGCGCAACGAGAAAUCAUGACGCAUAUGGCAGGCAUACUGGUGGUCUCUUAAUACAGAGCAGCGUUCAAGAUGGCCGUGAAUCACGGGCGAGAGAGAAGACUAAGCACAGCGUUCCUACGCCGAGUUUAGCGAACAGUCCCGACGCCGCCAAGAUUGUUGGAGCUGUCUUGAUUCCAAAUAUGAUCGAUCCGUCACUGUAUUUUCCAUCUUAA